UAUUCCUGCCAGCCAGGUCGGUUAGAGGGUGCAGUGGAAUAUAAAAUCAGGGCUGAGUCUGAGUGCAAGCCCUACUAAAGAAAAAGAUAACCUAAAAGGAGAUAGAGAAGGAGCGACCAGAGGGAGAGGAGAUGGGUAGGAGGCUGUGGCUUCCCCUAGAGGGGUGUCAGCAGGGUCGGGCGAUACCAGGACAAAGCCCUGGGGUGGCUAAGGGAGCAAGAAGUGGUCGAAGUGGAUCUGAGCUGACCGGCAGAGCACAGAUCCCGAGUGUGCCUUUCUUUCUUCCUGGAUUCCACAGGCUGAAGGCCGGCCGUCAAACGGCGAGGCGGUCUAGAGGUCUUUGUGUGAGGUCUCAUUGGGUAUGGAGUCCCCAACAAAGGCCGAGAAGGAAACGGUGUGUGGGGACCCUCGAGUGCUCCAUGUCUCAGCAUCGCCACGGGCUUCAAGUGACUGCGUGCGGCGUCCGGGAGUGGCCAUCCCAGGAGUGGGCGACCAGACCCGAGUCACAGUCCGUGGGGGCCCCCGGCGCGGCCCCCGGAUCGCCUAGGGCCCCGGCGCGCUCUGGUGCCCGGAAGCAACGCCGCCUGGGGGCCCCCCGCUCCGAGCCGGGUCCCCAGGCGGCGCGCGCUGUCGCGAUCCGGUGCGAGUGACGUGGCGUGGGCGGGGCUUGAGCGGCAGCGGCGGCGGCGCGACCGAGCAUCCUGGCAGCGCCGGGGCACCGGGAGCUAACUGGUGGGGGCGAGGAGAGAUUGAAUGACCAAAACAGAGAAGUGGAAUUAGCCCUUUCUUGGUACCUGACUGUUUUGUGGAGAAAUAACUUAAAAAAGCGUGGAUCCCCAUUGAUUUCGUGACAGGCCACAGUAAACACAGGUGUACAGGAACCAUUUACCAUGGAAGCCAGGGAACUUGGGAGUCCCAUACCCACCUACCAUCUUCUCCCCAAGGCCAACCAGCACACUGUAAAAGAAGAUGCCAGCUCACCAUCUCAAGGGUCUCCAGAGACUAUGCAGCUGAAGAAGGAGAUCUCCUUGCUGAAUGGGGUCAGCCUGGUGGUGGGCAACAUGAUUGGCUCAGGGAUCUUCGUCUCACCCAAGGGUGUCCUAAAAUAUACUGCUUCCUAUGGGUUGUCACUAAUUGUGUGGGCCAUUGGUGGGCUCUUUUCUGUUGUGGGUGCCCUUUGUUAUGCAGAACUGGGAACCACUAUCACCAAGUCAGGGGCCAGUUAUGCUUACAUUCUAGAGGCCUUUGGGGGCUUCAUUGCCUUUAUCCGUCUGUGGGUCUCACUGCUAAUUGUUGAGCCCACCAGUCAGGCCAUCAUCGCCAUCACCUUCGCCAACUAUAUCAUCAAGCCCUCCUUCCCCACCUGUGAUCCUCCAUAUGCGGCCUGCCGUCUUCUUGCUGCUGCCUGCAUUUGUCUGCUGACAUUUGUGAACUGUGCCUAUGUCAAGUGGGGCACACGAGUACAAGACACAUUCACAUAUGCCAAGGUUGUGGCACUCAUUGCCAUCAUUGUCAUGGGCCUUGUUAAACUGUGCCAGGGACACACUGAGCACUUUGAGAAUGCCUUUGAGGGUUCCUCGUGGGAUGUGGGAAACCUCUCUCUUGCCCUCUACUCUGCCCUCUUCUCUUACUCAGGUUGGGACACCCUUAAUUUUGUAACAGAAGAGAUCAAAAACCCAGAAAGAAAUUUGCCCUUGGCCAUUGGGAUUUCUAUGCCAAUUGUGACACUCAUCUACAUCCUGACAAACGUGGCCUAUUAUACAGUGCUGAAAAUUCAGGAUGUCUAUGACAGUGAUGCUGUGGCUGUGACAUUUGCUGACCAGACAUUUGGCAUGUUUAGCUGGACCAUCCCCAUUGCUGUUGCCCUGUCCUGCUUUGGGGGCCUAAAUGCAUCCAUCUUUGCUUCAUCAAGGUUGUUUUUCGUGGGCUCACGUGAGGGCCACCUCCCGAACCUUCUGUCCAUGAUCCAUAUUGAGCGCUUUACACCUGUGCCAGCUUUAUUGUUCAAUUGCACCAUGGCACUCAUCUACCUCGUCGUGAAGGAUGUUUUCCUGCUCAUCAACUACUUCAGCUUCAGCUACUGGUUUUUUGUGGGCUUGUCUGUUGUUGGACAGCUCUACCUUCGUUGGAAAGAACCUGACUGGCCUCGACCUCUCAAGCUGAGCCUCUUUUUUCCCAUCGUGUUUUGCAUAUGCUCCUUGUUUUUGGUGGCCGUACCCCUCUUCAGUGACACCAUCAAUUCCCUCAUUGGCAUUGGGAUUGCCCUCUCUGGGGUCCCUGUCUACUUCCUGGGUGUUUACCUGCCAGAGUCCCGGAGGCCACUCUUUGUUAGAAAUGUUCUGGCUACUGUCACCAGAGUAACCCAGAAGCUCUGCUUCUGUGUCUUGACUGAGCUGGAUGUAGCUGAAGAAAAAAAUGUUGAGAGGAAAACUGAGUAGAAGCCAGAGAUGAGAUUCCCUGAAGCCCAGAGACUGACCACAGCCACCAAAGACCAGUAACCUAAGCCUUCUGAAUUAAAUGAACCUCUUGGCCCACAUUCUGUAAGGGGGCUCAGGGCGAAUGCUCUCUCUUUGGUAAGCUACGGAAAGAUACUGAUCAGACUAGCCUGAAGAUGGGGACUUCAGUGGGAGGGGAUGUUGGGGUAGGAGAUUGAUUUUGUUUCCCUUCUUCUGGUGGAUAGGUACAGCCUGUUGGUGCAUUGUAAUGGGCAAAAAGGGAAUGUUAGGUUGACAGAUAUGGCUUAUGGUUCACAGCUAUUUCUAGUUUAAGCCAGGAGUCUUCAUAGGGGGGCUCCUUCAUGGGAAGUUUUCCUCUGACCAAGUCCAGCUACUUGAUUUUAGAGGCCUGAAAUGCUGCCAUUUCUUCCUGUGGCCUAAAAUUCUUCCUUAGGGAAAACAUUGUGUUCCUCCUUUUUUGUUGGGUAGCACGAACAGCAAGACUUUAUUUAACUGACAUGGGAUCAAUGUGUGCCCCUUUCCUGAACUCCACAAGAGGAACAUCAGUCCCUGCCCUGGAACUUCAUGUUCAAGCAGAGAAUAAGCCUGACGGGAGAAGACUGACUCUCCAGGGUCUGGGCAUGGGUCCUCCUGUUGGGACUUCUCAUUUGUGGGUCAAUGUGUACAGAGUACCCACACAUCUCCUUGAGGAGGUGCUACCUGUCGGAUUGACUUUGCUCAGAUCAUUUUAGCACUGUAGUCAAAAUCCUUAAACAAGGAGGUGAGCUUCUGGCUCAUAAAGAAAUUGGCUUGGCCACUUAAUUGCCUCUUUCUUAGCUGAAGCCAUGGUGCUGUGGAGCCCUUGAAACAUGGGCUGAAAGAAAACCUCACUACUCCAGCUGAGUGGGAGAAUCUCUACUACUACCUGGACAAGUCACUACUGUUACCAAAUUCCAACUCCUAUAUUUCACUAUUUAUUGAUAUUUAAUCCAGGACACCAAUUUUAGCAAACCAUUAGUGAUUAUUUGUCUAUAGGAUGCAAUAAUAAAUUGUUUGAAAAAAAAAAGUAUCUUAGCUGGUGUGGUGGUAGACACCUGUAACCUGAGCACUUGGCAUGGUGAUGCAGAAAGAGUUUGAACUUGAGGCAGCCACUCUGGGCUAACAGGAUCCUGUCUUUUUUUUUUUAAAUGUUCAACUCUCAGAGAUGUCUCAAUGUGAUAGGUCAAAUCCUGACCAUGUUUCACAUAAUCUGUUGAGCAUUACUAUUAUCAUUGUUAUUAUUAUGAAGGUGAAGUUAAAGGAUUUUUAGGGCUGGACAUGGUGGUGAGCACCUGUGAUCCUAGCACUCAGUAAGCUGAGACAGGAGUUGCUGAAGUUCACAGCUGGCCUGGGCUACACAGUGAGUACCAUAUUAUCUGAGCCUACAAAGUAAGACCCUGUAUCAAGAACAAAAUCAAAGGAUAUUUUAAAACAUGUACCUGUUACACUUUGAUAUAUAGAUAAGUCACAUGUUACUAUCACCUGGCUCAGCUCCACAUGAUCUGUCCUUGCAUAUUACAGAAGUCUGGUAAUAUUGUUAUUUUGAAGGAUAAUCUUUUGUUUUAUUAAGACUUUUGGCCUUUGUUCUAAUUGAUAGAAAGUAAAUCUCUGGAUCUCUGUUGUAAAGUGCAAGAGGCCUGGAAUGUUUCGGAAUUCGGGUAAAUUACCUGAUUCAUCAGUUCUCAGUGAACUUAGAAAACAUCUCAUGGAUUCAAGUCAUCAAAUAGUGUGUUCUCUAAGGGCCUGUGUGAGGUUUGCUGUGUAGACUCUUACAAGCCCACUCUGGUGCUGGAAGUGGAACCACACUAGCUUUGCUCACACUCAAUCAUUUUGGGUCAUGGAAUAGCAUACCUGUUUGCCUUCUCUUGUUCAAGAGCUGGUGAGAUUAAAAUCUGAAAGUAUAUGGUACUUGUGUAUCUUUAUUUUCUCUCUGUGAAGAUCAGUGAAGACUGCAGAAGAAAACAGCUUCAACCUCAGUCUGGCUCCUGGGAAAGGGUGGUAACCAGCUAAUUGUGAUGACUGGGCGAAGCUACCAGUUGAGGCCAAAACAAUAGACUUGGAUCUUUGUGGGUAGUGUGUCUACACUGGAUUGCACAGCUGUCUUGGGAUGCCCUUAGACACUGUCAUCUUGGACAUAGAAGAACCUGCUGUUUUGGCAUUCUCCAUGGACAUUUCUUUUUAUCUUUAAGUUUGGGAAUU